CUGAAUUAUUUGAAAACAAUCAGAAUGAAGCAAGAUCAGGGACCUCCUGGUCAUCUUUCGAGCAAGUUAUGUCACCACACAGGAACAUAUCUAUGCUCGGAAGAGGAUCAGUAAAUCAGUUGUACCCGGCACCGAUAUUUCCAACUAAUUGGCAUCCACAUAUCAAUACUUUAAGUAAUAACGAUCAGAAGGCUGAUGAUCUUGAUAUGAAGGAACGCACAUCGGCAUCAUUCAUCCAUUCAACUCCACAGAACAGACGAGUUGAGAAGACAUUCUGUCCCGAUUCAAAUUCUCCAUCAUCAACAUCAGUAUUCUCAUUAACUUGUGAUGUGUCGAAUGAUUCCGGUUAUCAUAAUUAUCAAUCACAAUAUGAAUCAUUAUUACUGUCGUCUGCACAUCCACCUCAUUCGAUGUUGUCCAAAUGA